GCCUGUGUAAUGUGUAUGUGUAAUGUAAGCCUGUAUGACAAGGUGGUGACACAAAUGUAUAUUUGGGAAAGAGGGACAGAGUUAACACCUAUACCUGAGCUGGACCAGGGGCGGACUGACAACUCAUGGGGCCCCCGGGCAAUAGGGGAUCAUGGGUCCCCUGUGUCCUCGCCCACACUCAAACCACACCCAAAAAAGCCUAUGAAAGGUACCAGGGGCAUCUCAUGGGGCCCACUACUGACCCCGGGCCCUCGGGCAGUGCCCGACUUUCCAAAU